CAUGCACAUUAAAGAAAAUUCUGGGAUCUAACAUCCUUGGGGCCUCCAGACCAAUCCCAGCUGCCUAUCCAGAAAGAAGAAGCCAUAAGAGUGAAUGAAAUUAACCCAAGGAGCCUCUGAGUUCCUAAGGACAAGAAAGGAGAAGCCAAGACUCAAACAGACAUCCAUACUGCUGUAAGCAAAUGCACAUAGGAAUCUGGCUGUGGUUUGGUGUUCCGUCCUCGAUGGCUAGAAGCCCAACUUCUGUAGCACUAGCCAUUUCCCUGACUUGCCUCUUCUCAAGCGUCUGCAGUCAGACCCCAAGGAACGUCAAGGAGAGCACGAUUCCAUUUAAGGUUCUACACCAGGAGCAGAUUUACAGUCUUGUCCAAUCGAGUUUGUUCCAGGAUGUCAAAGCCUCCUCCAACCAGUCGAAUGACGCCCGUGGGAACGCCCAGUCACAGUUACCCCUGCCCACUAUGUGCAUAAAGCCUGCUGAAAUCAGACACAUCUUCAAGUACAUCAAUACCAUCGUGUCCUGCACCAUUUUCAUGGUGGGCAUCAUCGGCAACUCCACCCUGCUGAGGAUCAUUUACAAGAACAAAUGCAUGAGGAAUGGGCCCAAUGUCCUCAUUGCUAGCUUGGCUCUUGGGGACCUUCUCUACAUCCUCAUAGCUCUUCCCAUCAAUGUGUACAAGCUGUUGGCAGAAGACUGGCCAUUCGGCGUCCAGGUAUGCAAGCUGGUUCCGUUCAUUCAGAAGGCAUCUGUGGGCAUCACUGUCCUCAGCCUCUGUGCGCUUAGCAUAGACAGGUACAGGGCGGUGGCCUCCUGGAGCCGGAUCCAGGGCAUAGGGAUCCCCAUGUGGAAGGCAGUCGAGGUGAUGCUGAUCUGGGCUGUGGCUAUCGUCCUGGCCGUCCCUGAAGCCAUUGCCUUCGACAUGGUGGAGCUGAAUUAUCGCGAGGAGAUGCUCUGGGUCUGCAUGCUGUCCUCCAAACAGAGCUCCAGAUUCACCCUGUUCUACAGGGAUGUGAAGGACUGGUGGCUUUUUGGCUUCUAUUUCUGCCUGCCUCUAGCAUGCACCGGUGUCUUCUAUACCCUCAUGUCCUGCGAGAUGCUGAGCAAGAGGAACGGCAUGAGAAUUGCCUUCAAUGAUCACAUGAAGCGGCGCCGGGAAGUUGCCAAGACAGUGUUCUGCCUGGUGGUGAUCUUCGCUCUCUGCUGGCUGCCUCUCCAUCUGAGUAGGAUCCUGAAGAAGACCAUCUAUGACCAGACCGACCCCAACAGAUGUGAAUUGCUGAGUUUCCUCCUGGUGAUGGACUACUUUGGUAUCAACAUGGCCUCCCUGAACUCCUGUAUCAAUCCCGUAGCUCUCUACUUCGUCAGCCGAAAAUUCAAGAACUGCUUUCAGUCCUGUCUGUGCUGCUGGUGUCAGAGACCAGCCUUGAGCAGCGUACCAACUGAUGAUAAGGGGUCUGUUGGGAAGUGGAAGGCCAACGGUCAGGAAUUGGUGCUGGACCGAAGCAGCUCCCACUUGAGUAACAAGUACAGCUCUUCCUAAAGAACCAUAAAUCAAUUGGAGAGCUCACCACAAGAGCUGAAAGGAGUCAUCCAUCCCACUCACAGAGUCAUUUCCUGGCUAGCUCUGAGUCACUUGCUUUCCUUUCACAGAUCCAUUGGAAAAAGCAGCUGAACUUCUUACCAUUGAAUAGGGUGACCAGAUGUCCCAAUGUUAUAGGGACAGUCCUGAUAUUUGGGGCUUUUUCUUAUAUAGGCAACUAUUAUCUCCCAACCCCAGCCCCGAUUUUUAACACUUGCUAUCUGGUCACCCUUCCGUUGAACCUGCCACUGCUGGGGCCUCACUUCUCAUCUGUUCCUUUAUAAUCAUCUUUUUUGUUUUCCUCAAAGGACCUUUUGGGUUUUAAAUCCUGUUGGAGAAGCUGAGUGCCCCAUGGUGCUAUCUGUUUCCAGAUGGCAAGGCCACCAGAUGGGGGGGUGGGGAGGAGGGGAUGGUGCUGUGGGUGAUGUCACAUUUAAACUGACAAGGGACAUCACUGGAGGAGGUAAAUUCUGAUCCUCCAAGCUGAUACAUUAAGAAGCCAAGGCAAAACCAAAGCAGCUGCAUCACAGGCCCAUAGUCUUCCCCUCUUUGCUGCUGGGACACCAUCACUGGGGGUGAAAUUCACCCUGGACAGCCAGCUAGCCGAAGUCCGAGGCACCAUUUAAGCCCUGUUUAAGCCCAGAGGGUACCUAGGAAUUGCACUGCCCUCUGCCCAGGGGUGAAUUUCAUCCUGCAUGUUUAUAGUGUAACAACACAGUGGUGUAUUUAGAAUAGAGCUGCUUAGGGGAUAUUAUAUUCUUAGUAGAAAUGGUAUUAAGAAAAUGUUCCUUUUUUGAAAUUGUAGCAUACAAAGAAAUGGGCUGCUGUAGCUUCUCCCCUCUCCUUUCCAGCAGUUCCUUCACAGUGAGAGCUGUGUCUGGUCACAUUGGGGUUUGUAAAGGCAAGCACAGGAAUGGCAGCCUUGACUAGAGUCAAGGUGGGCCAAAACCAGGCACUGUUGGCUUUCAUCCACCACUCAGCUCUGCCAACUUGUCCUUAAUUGCUAUCUGCAGCACCCCAUGUUGCUCCAGUCCUGGUCCUCUUCUGAACAGGAAAGAUCAGCUCUGCUGGGAUUAUGCUAUGAACAGAUGCCAGCAAGCUCACUGCACAUGUCACCUAAGUUACGAGAUGAACUAGAAGUGAAAGGGAACCCUUGAUCACCAUUGGGUCUGAGCAAUGUUGGCUGCAUACCUAGUUACAGGAGCACUGUACUGCAUACAUUCAUAGAGUCUAAGGCCAGAGAGGCCUGCUAGAUCAUCAGUCUGAUCUCGUAUAUAUCACAGGCCAGAAAAUGUAAUCCAGUUACUCCUGGCUUGAGCCCAUUGACUGGUGCUUGGCUUAAGCCUGUCAACCAGAAAGACCAGUCUUGAUCUGAAGGCUUCUAGAGAUGGUCCAGCCACCACUUCCCUUGAUAGUCUGUUUGUGUGGUUCAUCAAACUCAGGGACCCAGUUCAGAGACCUCUAAGGAAACCCCAGUGCUGCAAGAAGUGGUGCUGGAGAUUCCUUAGGACAUGCUGGUCCUCUCUUGCAGUACUGAAACAAUGCUCCAGCAUGGUGCUGCUGGUGCUGCCGUUUGGUAGACUAGCCAUAAACCCACAAUUCUGCCCACUCGUGGUGGUCUAUAGGCCCAUCACUCUCCGUGCUAGCAUCAGAGCUGGGAGCCCUCACGCAUUGGGGCCAGAUUCCAGCAUAGUGUUUAUGAGAGCUGCUCAGAAUAUGGUGAAGAGCCUUCAUUGACGUAGUUGACCAGUUCAGCCUGGCUUUCACACCAGAGCUUCCACAAAGGAACAAUCUGGCAUUUAUUCCAAUGAUGUUGUGAAAAAUUUUAUGGGGAAUUUUCAUGGGGGAGGAGUUCAGGUUUUCUCCUCCUUUCUUUCCUUUUCUUUUUUUGCUCUUUUGCCUUCUUUUCCAUUCUGCCAUGAAAAAAAAAGGGGUGGGGAAAGUAGGGAAAAAUGAAAAUGAAAAUAAAAAUCCUAGUUUUGUUUCACUUUUGGUAUUUUGCUUUAUGCACACAGACACAUACACUGACAUGCUUUGCAAACAUUUCCAUUUUGAAAAAAGCCCAAUUCGCAAUGAGAAAAAAUUGUUUGAAAAUUGAGCCACUCUAGUAAUUAGAGCCCAGCUAAAUGCCCAUGAUACUUGAUUGGCUGUUCUUGUCUUUGCCUCCUAAGAGUUACACAGUGCUGCGACUACUCUGUUCUCUCCUCGCCACCACAGAGGUGGCUGCAGUUUCAUUGGUGGCUGAAAUGCUCUGGGCUGGAGGGCAUGUUCUCAACAGCAAGUAUUUUUAAAUCAUUGUGAUUUAUGUCAGGGUUCUGGUAUUUCCUAUGCUUACAGGUGACCUGAGUGAAUGUGUGUGUAUAUACUAUAUAUAAAUCCCAGUCUCUGUGUCCUGUUCAGGGUGUGAUCUGACAUCCUCACCCCCAUACCACCCUGCAUUAACCCCAAACAGGGUCACCGUCCCCACACUCUGGAAUCAGAGCACUUAGUGGCAGAGAGACUGAGUGGAUCUUAAAACCAGAGAUAGCUGACUGAUUAAAUUGAUCUCUCCACCCCAGUGGGUUAUCAAGUGAGUCAAUAGGCUAAGUUUCCCUAAACUUUGGUAUAUGGAGCAACCUAGAAUUUCUAAUGGGCCAGAAAAAGGGGCAGCUGGGGUUGGAGAGGGCAGCCGCUGCUUGUGGGGGGAGAGGACCCAUUGGAGGAGGGAGUCCUGGAGAUUUGCUCCUGUGGGAGAGGAAAGGCCCGUUUGAUAAGUCUGGAGGUCAUUUUCAGGUGACUUUGAGGCAAAGCAGGUGACAUUGCAGGACAAACUGCUGUCAACCCGAAUAGUAACAUCAGCACAGCAAACAAGCUGAAA